ACUCUCACACAAUCUCCAUACAUUCCCCAAUUCCCACCUCAACAUUUCUCUCCUAUGGCGCCGGCGGCCGGCGUAGUGCUACAAGGCGACCGGGCUCCGUCGAAGCCCAUCGUGGUCCCGCAGCUCCUCUCUGCGGCAGUGCCGGAGGUCUUCGCCAAGGACGCCAUCAUCGCCUGGUUCCGCGGCGAGUUCGCGGCGGCCAACGCCAUCAUCGACGCCCUCUGCACCCACCUGCAGGAGCUCGAGGCCGUCGCCGGAGUCGCCGAUUACGGAUCUGUCUACGCCGCGAUCCAUCACAGGCGCCUCAAUUGGGUCCCGAUCCUUCAGAUGCAGAAGUACUACCCCAUUGUUGAUGUGGUCGCCGAGCUCGAGAAAGUCGCCGAGAUGAAGCGGGACCCUGUCGUUGCGGUAAAUGAGGAGUGCAUCGACGGUACUGAUAAUGCCGCCGCAGAAACGCUGGCUCAAGACGGCGCCGCCACGGUGGUCGAUUCGCCAGAAAGUGAUUACACUGAUUCAGGAUCCCAGGAACUGCAGAUGUUAUGUUCUAACCACGACGAAUGUGAGGCGCGCCAAGCCCAGAUCAAGAUGACGAAAGGGUUCGUGGCGAAAGAGCCAGUAAAGGGGCAAAUGGCAAGUCUCUUUCUCAUGUGUAUAUGUGUCUGUUUCACGCGCACAGCACAUGCAACGAGCAUCUUCUGAUCAUCGUACAUAUAUAAUGGGAUGACAGGUGAAUGUUGUUAGAGGCCUCAAGUU